GAUCCGAUCAACCGGAGUUCGUGAUCGUGACCCGUUUUUACCGACGUUAAUGGAGCUAGCGGAAGGUCAUCAGUCGCGUAAUGUGGUGGAGAUUAUUUUCCAGACGAGUUGGGGUCCGAAACCGUUUUCGGGUCGGGUAGAAAUGAUUUUCAAGGUUCAAAACGGGUCUAAGACUUUGACCCGGUUCGAGGAGUAUCGUGAAGCCGUCAAAGCUAGGAGCGUGGGGAAAGCGCGUGAAGAGAACGCGCGUUCGGUUGCCGACGGGAACGAGACGAUGAGGUUUUACUGUUUGGGUCCGAGUUAUGGCGGCGGUGGAGGCGCGUGGGGUAUUUUAGGUGGAAAAGGCGGUGGCGCGUCGAUUUAUACGUUCGCCGGAAGCAGUACAGCGAAUGAGAAAGCCGGCGGUGGUAAAGGGAGGAAGGCAAUGUUGGUUUGUCGGGUUAUAGCGGGUCGGGUCACGAAGCAAAACGAGUUAAGGUAUGACUCAGAUUUGAGGUCACGGUUUGACUCAGUGAGUGGUGACGACGGCGAGUUGCUCGUGUUUGAUACACGUGCGGUGUUGCCUUGUUUUCUCAUAAUCUACCGUUUGUAAAAAUUCCAAAAAUAAAAAAACUUAUUUUCU